AUAACCAUAGAAGGAUAGGGUCGGCCUUGUCUCAAAAUUUCAAAACCAGUUAGUCUCACUAAUUCUCUUGAACUGCCAUGGCAAUGUGUUCAGGCUUUUGCCCACAUGUCCCCAGCCUCUUUAGAGCAAAACCCAUUUCUUCUUCCCGCAUAAAGCCGCUGCUUUCCUUUACCGUCAAGGCUUUCUCAUCUCAAACAUCAAAUCCUCAGGCUAAAGCAGAUGAUGUGGCAUCAAAUGUUGGAUUUCUAGGUAUUGGAAUAAUGGGUCUGCCAAUGGCACAAAAUCUCUUAAAAUCUGGGUGUAAUGUCACUGUUUGGAAUAGGACCAAGAGCAAAUGUGAUCCUCUAAUAACUUUGGGUGCAAAAUAUGAAUCCUCUCCUGAAGAAGUAGCCGCAGGUUGUGAUGUCACAUUUGCUAUGCUUGCUGAUCCCGGAAGUGCAGUAGAUGUUGCUUUUGGGAAGCAUGGAGCUGCGAAUGGUCUGGGUCCAGGAAAAGGGUAUAUAGAUUUUUCAACCGUGGAUGGUUCCACUUCUAAAUUGAUUAGUGACCGUAUCAAAGCUACUGGGGCAUCAUUUUUGGAGGCUCCAGUUUCUGGCUCCAAAAAGCCAGCAGAAGAUGGACAACUGAUAUUUCUAACUGCCGGUGAUAAACCUUUGUAUGAAAGAGUUGCUCCAUAUUUAGACAUCAUGGGGAAGUCAAGAUUUUUCCUUGGGGAUGUUGGCAAUGGGGCCGCAAUGAAACUUGUUGUCAACAUGAUAAUGGGAAGUAUGAUGGCAUCUUUUUCUGAAGGAUUGCUCCUCAGUGAGAAAGUAGGACUUGACCCAAAUGUAUUGGUGGAGGUAGUGUCACAGGGUGCCAUUAGUGCGCCAAUGUACUCGGUUAAAGGUCCAUCAAUGGUCCAAUCCCAUUACCCUACUGCUUUUCCUUUGAAGCAUCAGCAGAAGGACUUGAGACUUGCUCUAGGAUUAGCAGAAUCUGUAUCUCAACCAACUCCAAUUGCAGCAGCGACAAAUGAACUCUAUAAGGUAGCAAAAUCUUACGGCUUAAGUGAUCAUGAUUUUUCAGCUGUUAUUGAAGCAUUGAAAGCUAAAUGACUCUACCAAGAAAGUGGUUUGCCCUGACUUCUACAAUAAAUUUAAAAUAAAAAUCCUUUAGUUACUGAAUACAAAUGAUUGUGUUAGCUUGUUGUUGCCCUGGUCGAAUUCACUUUCACUUCCAUUUGCUAUCUUUUGAAGGGGAACGGAUUAUCGAUGUAUUUACCACCAAAAUUUUUUGUGAACGCGACACAAUUUGAAUGCAGAUUUGUAUAUUGUGACGUUAGGGCUUCAUUAUCACAUGUAAUUUCAUAUGCUGUUACUCUUA